AUGGAUGCAAUUAAAGAAAUUGUGACAACAAUUAUAGGUAGUAAUCAAGAUCUUAAUUCUUCUGCAUCAUCCAAUGAACAAAUUCGUCAUCAAUUAUGUAAAGUUAAUGAUUUACAAAAUGGACAAAUGAAAGAAUUCGAAAUAAAAACAUCAAUUGUUAAUGCAAAUGUUUUACUUAUUAAACAAGAUAAUAAAUUUCAUGCUUAUUCAAAUAAAUGUUGUCAUUAUAAAUUAUCAUUAGCAAAAGGUGUUUUAAUUAAUAAUCGUCUUCGUUGUUUUGCACAUGGUGCAUGUUAUCGUGUUGAUACUGGUGAUAUUGAAGAUCAUCCUGGUCAUGGUAAUUUACCAAAAUAUAAUGUUGAAAUUGUUGAUGAUCAAGUUAUUUUGGUUGCACGUAAACAAGAUCUUGAAAAAGUAGAACGUACAAAAAUACCUGAUGAUUUACAAGUAGAGUCUAAACCCGUUGUUGCUAUUAUUGGUGCUGGAGCUGGUGGUUUUACAUGUGCUGAUAUGCUUCGUCAAAAUGGUUUUCGUGGUCGUAUACUUCUAUUUACACGCGAAGGAACAUUGCCUUAUGAUCGUGUUCAAUUAUCAAAGCAACCAUUAAAAAAACCACAAGAGUUACUUUUACGUGAUCAUCCUUAUUUUAAAAAAGCUAAAAUUGAUUUAAUGCUUGAUACUAAUGUUACUUCUAUUAAUUGGAAUACAAAAAAUUUAUCAUAUCAAACAUUAGGUAAACAAAUGAAAUCUGAACAAUAUGAUUAUUUAGUAUUAGCAACUGGUUUACGACCACGACGAUUACCAUCAUCAAUACCUGGUGGUGAUCUUCGAAAUAUUUUUUAUUUAAGAUCAAUGGAAGAUGCUAAUAAUCUUGUUAAUAAAGUAAAAUCACAUGAAACAAAAAAUAUUGUUAUUAUUGGUGAUUCAUUUAUUGCAUUAGAAUUAUGUGGAUGGUUAACAACAGGUUUAGCUGGUCCUAAUGGCAAACCAGAAGAUGCUGAAAAGAAAAAUGUUUCAGUUGUUAUGCUAUUAAAAGCUCCGAUGAUUCGUCUUUUUGGUGAAAAAAUUGCUCUAGCUUUACAAAAAAUUCAUGAAAAUAAUGGAGCAAAAUUUUAUCCUGAAGCAAAUGUUACAGAAUUAACGGGUGGAAAUAAUAUCGUUAAAUUUGUACAAUUAGCAACAGGUGAAUCAAUUCCAUGUGAUUUGGUUAUUGUAGCUGUUGGUAGUGAAUCAUGUACUGAAUUAUAUAAAGAUUCACCUAUUGAAAUGAGCGAUGAUCAAUUUAUUAAAGUUAAUGAUCGUCUUGAAACAUCUGUUGAUCAUGUUUUAGCUGUCGGAGAUAUUAGUAAAUAUCCAUUAAGAAUAUUUAAUUUAGAUGAAGUUAAUUGUCAACAUUGGCAAAUGGCAUGUUCAAGUGGUCAUCAAGCUGCUGAUACAAUUUUACAUCAUUACCUUGGUCAAAAUAGAGGUGGCUCACGUCCAUUAAAAACAGAUUUCUAUACAACACCAAUCUAUUGGACAACGCAAAAUAAUAAAACAACAAUACGUUAUGCAGGUUAUACUCGUGAUCCAGAAAAUGUUAUAAUUCAUGGUGAUCUUGAUGGUGAAUUUAAAUUUGUUGCCUAUUAUAUUGUUGAUGAUUAUGUUCGAGCUGUAGCUCAAUCAAAAUAUGAUCCAUUAUCAAGUGAAGUUGCCGAAGUAUUUUAUCAUAAACGAAAUAUUCGUAAAGAAGAUAUUGAAAAUGAUAUGUAUGGUUAUCGAAAAUAUCUUGAUUUUAAAACAAAAAAACCUGAAUAA